CCAACAACCUCACAAGGUUCCUACCUCUGAAGAUGUGAAGCUUCCUAGUGUUGAAGAUGCCCUCCUUCCUACUCCGGAAGAUGGGAAUGGGUAUAGAGUUAUUUGUAAAACGAUGUUACAUUUGUUAGAGGAUUGGAAGAAGACAGAAAUUGAGGGGGUGGGAUGCAAGGUCAGGCCUCCCAUGAAAUGUAACAUAAGUCUGGUUGGUGAUGAAGGGGACAACGAGGCUACUGCCACGGUUUGGAAACCAGAUGCUGAAGGUAAAGGGUGCAGACUUAAGCGGGCUGCGACACCAUUGUUGAGUCCAUUCACCGAUCCCUCCAGGAAAAAGAGGAAGGUUACUGAUUUGCAUGCACAGACACCUCAGCCCCGUUUUGAUCCAACAAAACCCGUGGCCAUGGACGAUGUGAAGGCUAUCAUACAACUUUGCAGGGCUUGGAAAACUGACAUCAGUGCGGAGCUGGAGCUCUAA